AGAGAAGCAGCAUGUGGGAGUCAGUGUUUACCGUAUGUAGGCUUAAAUUCUGUUACUUUAAGUGUUAUGUUUUCAGUGAAGGACUGUGCGCACUUUAUUAUUAUUUUUUUUAACUUAAUACAAGAAAUUAAUGGAUGCCAACAUUUUUGCCAAAAUGGUAUUUUAUUUCACAUUGUUUAGGCAGCUUCAGCAUCAUACUGUGAGAUUCUGUUCGAAUUGUUUUUUUCUUCUAUGAAGCCUGAGCCAUUUAUUUUAUUAGUUUAUAAUUAUUGUUUAAUUUAGUCUUCAGGAGAGACUGCCUGCACACAGACUAGUAUUAAUAGUUUUUUUUUUUCCUUACAUGAAAGCUGAGGCAUUUAUAUUAUAUUUUAAGGUAACUUCAUGUUGUGCUGUGAGGUUCUCUGCACUUUAACUUUUGAACCAACAGGUGCAUUUGGAUAAGUAAAGCCUAUUUUUCUGCAUUUUUGUAGUCCUGGUAAUCUUUUAGAUUGGUAAAGAUGUUUAUAGGACCAUUUCUCAGGUGUCUUUUUUUUUUAAUCAAUAGUUUUUCAGUAAUGUUUAACAUAGCACUCAAUUUUAAUCACAAAAAGAGAAAAUCGCAACUUUCACUUCCUCCCGCAAUGUAAUCGUAACAAAAACCUAAAAAACACCGUAUCAUCAGACAUUUCAGCCCGCAAGAAUCACAAAAAAGGCCUGCGAAAUCCUGGGGGGACUGAAUAAAAGGAUGAGAUUUGUCCUUGUAUCGCCUUUCAUGUUGUUUUGUUUCAAUAGCUUGUGCUUCCAGGUGCAAAUAAAGAAAUCACCUCAUCACAAGUGUGUGUGAUUCACCAGUGUGGUGAGAAAACACUGCACAUCUAAAACCUCUUCUUCUGUUCACAUACGCUUUUUUUCCUCCUUGUGUUUUGGUUUAGCUUUGAAGCCAGAUCAACUUUGUGUGGCUGCAGUUUUUGAGCUCUCAUACCACCUUCAGUAAGACCUAUCGGCCUACAACCUACCAACAUUUUCACAAGUUUAGCAUCCAGAGUGAAACCCAACGCCAUUUUGAAUAACCCUGAUAAAAUAAAUCCGACUGACAGGGCGUUGUAUGUUCCAGGCUAACAUGCUAAUCCUGAGCUAUCAAACCUCAGCGAGAAGAAAUCUUAUUCCUCAGUAUAAUACAAACCGUACUCUAUUUGAAAAUUAGCUUCCUCACACGAUACGUUUCCAUUAACAACCGAUAACUGGUCUUUUCAAAACCAAAGGAUUUGCGACUAUUUGAGCUCGUUUUAAUGCUAAUGCUAAUUAAUGGGCUGAUUAGCAUCACGGCUCUGACACAAAAAUUCCAAGCUUAUUUAAAAUACCUAUCGACUUUAUCUGACUGGAGCCUAUUUGUGCAGGUGUUGCAAGCCUUUUACGGUUUGUUUGUUGGUGUAAUUGUUGUUCCUGUAUUAAAUUAUCGGCGUUUGUCUAAAUUAAUGGAUCCAUUUAGAGGACGUUAGCCACCUGUGGUGAACAAACUUCCUCAUGCUAGCUAUUAGCCUCUCAAAGGAUUUAGAAAAAAAAAAGACAGACAUCCUAAUAUAUACGUUUACUCCUAUAAAACAAUUCUCUUUACAAUAUACAUUUUAUUUUAAUAUAUAUAUAUUAAGAGUCCUGUAAAUGCUCGCUCGCUCUGAUAAAGCCUUGGAUAAUUGCGUUGUGUGAAAGCUGAAUGAACGACCCAGUCAGGUUCACACCUUGUUAACACCACCACUUAGCAUUUAAGCUACAUUUCACCGAUUAUUGACUUACAUUUGCGAUCAAAUAGGACCUCUUUAUCACUGUUUACCGAUGAACCUAAACAGCGCAACCGAUUUCGUAUAUAAAAGCCCUGGUGAUGUGGAGCUGUUCACAAGUCUCCAGCUCGCCUCAGAGAGUUUCUAAUCGACAUGUUUUCUGCCGCCGUGUUUAUCUUGGUUGUGUCUGGAGUUGACCUGGGUCACUCCAGGCCUUUUCUGGGCGAUUCAGGGAACCGCUUUCCAGUCCAGAACAAGUCCGAGGAAGUCCGGUCGGCUGCUAUUAAGCGCCUUUUGGAGGUUUUUGGUAUGGAAGAUCCUCCUGCUUCUCUGCGUCGAGGCCACAAACAGCCUCCUCAGUACAUGCUCGACUUGUACAACACGGUAGCGGAUGUGGAUGGAGUUACUAAAGACCCGACUUUACUGGAAGGAAAUACAGUCCGCAGUUUCUUUGACAAAUUACACAGUCAGCAGGUCGAGUUCAUGUUCAAUUUGUCGUCUGUGGCCAGAAAUGAGAAGGUUCUUACAGCAGAGCUGCAUCUCUUCAAACUCAGGCCUCAAGCAUCACUCACUUUCAACAGACAUCACUUCUGUCAGGUCAGUAUCUUUCUGCUUCUUGAUAACCCCAAAAUAAACAUCUCACAAGGAAAGAAGCUUGUAUCUUCAAGACUCAUUCCAUUGCAUUCCAACGGCUGGGAAGUUUUCACCAUCACACAAGCAGUCCGUACAUGGAUAACAGAUGAGCACAGUAACCUGGGUUUCCUGGUGACCGUACAGACUCUGGCAGGCAUUCAGCUGGACGUGAGGAUGGUACGUUUUGCCUCGAAACAGAACCACCAUCAUAGCAAACAGCCCAUGCUGAUCCUCUUCACUGACGAUGGCAGACGUGUCACUUCUCCAGAAGGUGCUUUGAAAGGUUCUGAUUCGCAAGCUGGCCCCAAGUUCCCUCUGCCCAACCUGACUCUGCCAGGCCCUGGGCACCGUCGUGCUCGCUCUCUUGACUAUGAUGAAGACCCAGAAAGGAAGCCAUGCCAAAGACUGCCACUGUACGUCGACUUUGAAGAGAUUGGCUGGUCUGGGUGGAUCGUGUCUCCCCGUGGCUACAACGCAUACCACUGCAAAGGGUCCUGUCCCUUUCCUCUGGGCCAAAACAUGCGACCUACAAACCAUGCCACUGUGCAGUCCAUCAUCAAUGCACUCAAGCUUACCAAAGGCAUAGACACACCGUGUUGUGUGCCCGACAAGCUCUUCUCCAUCAACCUCCUGUACUUUGAUGAUGAUGAGAAUGUAGUGCUGAAGCAGUACGAUGACAUGGUGGCAGGAAGCUGUGGUUGCAAUUGAGAUCAUAAAUCUGUAUAUAUCAUGUAUUUAAAGAACCCCAGUUCAUAUGUAGGAAGUAACUGAAAAACCCCUAAGAUUUUCAGGUUGAUUUCAUGCGAUCUUGCUACUUCACUGCAAAAUCAAAAGCACUGAUGAAUGGUGUGUUUGUGUUAUCUUGUAAAAUAUGGACUGGAACCUCGCUGAAAUGAGACUGCUUCUUAUAGCGUUUUGUAGAAUAUGUAAAAUAGAUAUAAAUACUAAUAUAUGGAAGAGGUUGAGUGGGUCACUGUAAAUGUGUAUAUAUGGUAUUUCAUGUUGUGAACUAUUUUAUAAAAGUUUAAAUAAAUUGUAAAACAAA